AUGGACUUUGCUCUCUUCUCCUCGAUUUCAAUCUUUGAGAUAAACCACAAAGAUCCUCCGAUUCGAAGGUUUAUAAAAACUCAAAAUCGAAUCUUAUCCACAAGAAAACAACAAGGUACUUUUCCAAAAAUGAAGGCGGAGUUGAAUUUGCCGGCGGGAUUCCGAUUUCAUCCGACGGACGAAGAGCUUGUCAAGUUCUAUCUUUGCCGGAGAUGUGCGUCAGAACCGAUUAACGUUCCGGUUAUCGCAGAGAUUGACUUGUACAAAUUCAAUCCAUGGGAGCUUCCAGAAAUGGCGUUGUACGGUGAGAAAGAAUGGUACUUCUUCUCGCAUAGAGACCGGAAAUACCCAAACGGGUCGAGACCAAACCGGGCAGCUGGAACCGGUUAUUGGAAAGCGACUGGAGCUGAUAAACCGAUCGGAAAACCGAAGACGUUAGGGAUUAAGAAAGCACUCGUCUUCUACGCAGGAAAAGCUCCGAAAGGGAUUAAAACGAAUUGGAUUAUGCACGAGUAUCGUCUCGCUAAUGUCGAUCGAUCUGCUUCUACCAACAAGAAGAACAACUUAAGACUUGAUGAUUGGGUUUUGUGUCGGAUAUACAAUAAGAAAGGAACAAUGGAGAAGUAUUUACCGGCGGCGGCUGAGAAACCGACGGAAAAGAUGAGUACGUCGGACUCAAGAUGCUCAAGUCACGUGAUUUCACCGGACGUCACGUGUUCUGAUAACUGGGAGGUUGAGAGUGAGCCCAAAUGGAUUAAUCUGGAAGACGCGUUAGAGGCAUUUAAUGAUGACACGUCCAUGUUUAGUUCCAUUGGUUUGUUGCAAAAUGACGCCUUUGUUCCUCAGUUUCAGUACCAGUCCUCCGAUUUCGUCGAUUCGUUUCAGGACCCGUUCGAGCAGAAACCGUUCUUGAAUUGGAAUUUUGCUCCUCAAGGGUAAAAAUAAUCGGCAAAAAGUUGAAGCUUUUCAGAGUCUUCGAUCACCGGCAUUGUGUCGGAUCCUGACCCGGAGACCAAGUCGGGUCAUACGAUUACAUAAUCGGGUUAUUGAGAUUUCCACAUUUGGAUUUCCGAGACUAACCAACUUAACGGAUUCUGGGGUAAUUGGGGGGUUUUGCACAGGUGAAUCACACUGAGUCAGCAAGUUUCGAUUUUUUGGUUUUGUUUUGUAAUGAUUGAUUAAAUGUCUAAAGAUAUCACGAAGUAGAUACAGAAGAACUGUAAAAGCAAUUGUGACCAACCAUUAUGAAUCAUAUAUAUAUUCAAUGAAGCAUGAGCUUAUUUCUUCUUUAAUGAAGCAAUGUACAUUUUUCUCCAA